AUGAAAGAGAAGCUCUUCACCAACACCACCACCACCCCUAACACCAACAACAAUCAUCAUCGUUAUUCUAGGCAUUCUCGUUUAAAGGGAUUAUUUCUUCAUAAAUUGCCUUCAAUCUUUGUCGGCUUCUUUGGUAUUUACUUAUUUCUGCAUGGAUUUCUACUGAAUCGAGCUGAGCUUCAUAAUGUCGCGGGUGUCCAACCUGACUUAUCUAUACAUUAUCCUCAGUCUACUGGGAGACAAAGUCGACUUAUUCUAUUACUAGUCGAUGCAUUGGCUUAUGAAUUCAUUCGUGAGGAUAAUAAUACAAUAAUACUAGUUUAA